AUGGCCAGCAGAAUUGUGCUUGUUACCGGCGCCAACUCCGGUGUAGGCUACGCCAUAUCCAAAGUGAUUGCCUCGGCAUCCGAGCACUUCCACGUCAUCAUGAGCGGCCGGUCGCUGGACAAAGUCAACGCCGCCAAAGCCGAGCUCCAGGCGACCGGCGACAUCAAAGGAACACUGUCAUCGCUGCAGUUGGACGUGGUGGACGAAAAGUCCAUCGAGCAGGCAGUCGCGGCGGUUGACCAGCAACACGGCCGCUUGGACGUGUUGAUCAACAACGCCGGAGUCACCAGCUCGAACCCGGACAUUCGCACGCGCUUCCAAACGUGCAUGGAGACCAACGUGUUGGGCGCGACGUUGGUGGCCACGACAUUCCGACCAUUGUUGCUCAAGUCCAAGAACCCAUACUCGGUCUACGUGAGCAGUGGCGUCGGCUCGUUGCACACGGCCGCCGGCCCGGACUCGUUUGCCACGAAAUUCCCCAACGGCGAAAUGUACCGCGCCAGCAAGGCCGCGGUGAACAUGGUCAUGUUGGACGAGUGGGCCAGGUUCAAGGACCAGGGCUUGAAGACCUUUGGCGUCGAUCCGGGCCUGGUGGUUUCGAACCUCCGUGGCACUAGUGAACAGGCCCGAAGUGCUUUUGGAAGGGCGGAGGAUCCCAUCGUCGCGGGACGGUCGGUGUUGAGUAUUAUCCAGGGAGAGCGGGAUGGCGAUACGGGCAAGGUUGUGUAUAGAGAGAGUAUUCAUCCUUGGUAG